CACAGUGUUUGUAGUUUCCUGUUUUGUGGUUCAUUAUGAAAGUGAUGUGUUGUUUAUUGUUUACUUUAUGAAAUUUUGGUGUCAGUUAAGAACAAUUCUGGAGCAUACGCCGGAGAACACACCUUCAUUCUUCCUUGGUGCCAAUUGAAGCUUUUUGUGACUAAAAGUUUAAUGAUAGAUAAUUACAUAUUCUUUUCUUUUUUUAGUUUGUAGACUGUAGAAAUAUGUCGUCCGAAGAUCACAACUUAGCAGAUUAUGAAGAAGUGUUACGUGUACUUCCCGAAUCAUUUCGAGAAACAUGGAAAGACAAUACCGAUGUUUUAGUUUAUCUUGCUGAAUUAGGAUCUCUCGGCCUUCAGCGCCUCAGUAAAGAACCAGACAAACUGGCAGAGGAAAGAGUUUCUAUAUUAGAACAAACUCAAGAUUUAGCUUUCCAUAAUUAUAAAACCUUUAUUCAAGCUGCAGAAUGCUCUCAUAAAAUAUUCCAGGAUUUCAAUAAAAUCGAGUUUCGCUUGAACUCUUUAGUUGAUACUCUACCAGUUUUUAAAGAGAAAUGUGCAGAAUUUGGCAAAGAAGCACAGCGGAUAAAUGCUAAAUGGAGGCAGGCAUCAUCAACCUUAGCGAAACAUCCACAGCUAUUAGAAUUUUUAGAAAUGCCUCAAUUAAUGGAUACAUAUGUGAGAAAUGGGUAUUAUGACGAAGCGUUAGAGUUGUCCGCUUAUGUAAAACGAUUAGAAAGAAAGCAUAUGGAUAUACCUCUCAUUAAAAGUAUUGUACACGAUGUACAGGUAUCUACUAAUGUGAUGCUUUCUCAUCUUCUAACAAAACUGAGAACCAAUAUUCAACUUCCUGACUGUCUAAAAGUUGUUGGUUAUUUAAGAAGAAUGGAUGUGUUUAAUGAUUCAGAACUGCGAAUUAAAUUUUUGCAGGCCAGAGAUGCCUGGUUUCAAAAAGUAAUUGACGAUAUUGAUACAGUUGAUGCAUAUGAGCAUGUAAUUAAAGUGAUUGAAAGUAGCCGAGUCCAUUUAUUUGAUAUCACUACACAAUGCAGAGCAAUAUUCGCUGAUGAUGAUCCUUUACUUCUGGUACGUGAAGAUUCUAAGAGUAAUUGUGCCAUUUUUCACAGUUGGAUUAUAUGGAAAAUUUCCUGGUUUCUUGAUAUUUUAGAAAAGGAUAUAUCUGCAGAUCUUGGAGGACGCAUUGAUUCUGUUCUAGCUCAGUGUAUGUAUUUUGGUUUAUCUUUCAGUCGAGUGAACAUUGAUUUCCGUCCGUUAUUGAUACCUGUGUUCCAAAAUGUUGCUUUAAAAAAAUUCUGUUUAGCUGUUGAGCGUGCAACCUAUAAGUUUGAAAAAAUUAUGGAAGCCUUUGCUUUUACUAUGUAUACCAAUACUACUCUAUUAGUUACUACAUUACUGCAAGACAAUUUGCAACCACCUGCUGUUCUUUUGGAUUUCUAUCCUUUAGCUCAAUAUUGUAAUGAUAUAUUAAGUGCAUUAAAUGAAAUGAAACUGUGUUGUUCUUUUGCCAUAUCAAAUGAUGUUGUUACCUCUCUGUCUAAUUCUUUGUCUAGACUGAUAAACGUUUUAGUUUCACUUCACUCAAAGAAAUUGCGGCACAUGAAGGAAUUAGAAAUUGAAAAUUUUAAUAAAUUUUGUUUCCUUCUUUCAUCAGAUCUUGUACCUCACCUGAAUAAAUGCUUGUCAAUCAUAUUUCCUCCUGAAGCUAUGUGCCUUACUUUGGGUAUUACACCCUUAGAAUUCAAAAAGUAUGAAUACUUGUGUAAAUUAAAUCCCAGCAAAUUGCUAGAACCACUUCAAGUUAUUUUACCAACCAAAGAUGAUAAUGAGGAUGUUGGUUUAACAUUUUCUGUUCAGGAUAAAGAUCCUGACAUGCAGAUACUUACUGAAGAAAAUAAAAAUGUUCCAUAUGAUGAUGCAGGUGGGUUGAAUGAAAAUUCAAAUUAUGAUAAAGAAAUGUCAGAUGUGACUGAAUCAUCUGUUAUCAUUGAUAAUAAUAAUUCAACUGCAGAAGAUACUUUGCUUACAGAUACCAAUCUAUUAAAUCAGAAUGUAGAGGAAACAGCACAAAUACAAGAAUUUUCAGAAAAUGUGCCAGAAAUAGAACAACUUAAAAUGGAUUAAACAAAAAUCUUUGAUAACAAAGAAUAGCAAAACACAGAACUUGAGUGAAAUCAAGAAUGUUAUUUUUAGUUUUGUGCAAAUUGCUUGCUAUUGCAUGUUGUUAGAAUUAAAAGUUAAGUUUUUCAUAUUUAUUAAUUGUGCUGUUAUGCAUUAAUUAAAUUAAUUGUUAUUGUUCAUUGUGAAGUAUGGCCUUGCACAUAUUUUAUAAUAAACCAAUUUUAGCAUCAAAUACUUCUUAAUAAAUUUUAAGUUAUCACUUAUAUAUAGUUUAUAUUGAAAAUAUUGUUUACAUUUUUUAAAAAUUUAAAUAUCCAAUAUAUAUCUAAUUUUCUUAAUAUCUCUUUAAAAAAAUAUAAUUUAAUAUGAUUCAAUGUUUUGUUCAGUCUUCCAAAUAGGUUUGGUUGUGUGUGUGUAUAUCAGUUUUCAAAAUGGAUUAGCAAUAUUUUAACUCGGAUCACUUUGAUGGGCAUACAUGUACAAAGGUAAUUAAAUAUGAGCCAUUGUCUUCAACAAAAUACAGACUAGUCAUGAACUUUUUUCGGUUGAAUUUUGACGGCCUGCUUAGGCAGAGUUUUCACACCACUAGCAGAACCUAGAAAACCCAGGGAAUUUAAAAAUAUAGUGAAAUAUGAUUUUUUUUUUUAUAAAAACCAGGAAAUUUUUACUUUCUUAAUAAUUUUUUCCCCAUCUAAAAAUUGCUGAUCUCUAAAGAUUGGAAGAAUAAAAGAAAAUAGUCAUCGAUUCCAAAAAUGAAACAAUACCAUUUGCAAUUUUGUAAUGUGGGAACUUGCGCAAUUUCUACUCUCUCUCUCUUUUCUAUAUAGAUCAACCCAGUUUCAAUUUGUGAGAGUUUUCCUCCCCCUCCCCCCACCAUAAGAUUCCCGAAUUGCACCCAAUUAGGGAUUGCAAUACCGGACCAAAAUUUCAUUACCGGUAUUCGGUAUUUUUUAAAUCUUAAUACCGGGAUACCGGUUUUAAUACCGGUAUUACAAAUUUUAGAAAAAGAAAGAAAACACAGGUGUUUCUUUGUUUUAUUUGCCAGUUUUGUUAUAGAGUGUAAAUGUCACAAAAAUAAUUUAUAAAUUAUAACAGUAUAUAAUCACAAAAAAGUAAAGAAACAUCUUAUUUAUUUAAAUCACAAAAAAAGUGUAAAUAUCACUAUUCAGUCUGUGGUACUUUUACAAAGUUUUGAAAUGUGAUCUUAAAAAACAUAAUGCAUCAAUUGUACUGUCAUUAAGCCUGAAAAGUAAUUUUAUGUAAAAAUUACCAGCUGAAUCGAAAACGCUCUUUCGGCAUCUACGCUAGUUUGUGGUACUGUUAGCAAGGCGCGAUAUAUUUCCAAGUAUUUAUCUCUAAAUCCCUUAUCUUCAAAUAAAAUAAAUCGAUUUCUCGUCGGAUGAUUUUGGAUAUAGCUGAUUUCUGUAUUGUAUUUUGGUUCAUUUAAAUUUUUUUAUUUAUCGCUAAUUCUAAUUUUUGUUCAAGAGACAAUUCCUUUUCACUAUCGACAGUAGUGACAUCAUAAUCUUCGAUAAUUGAACCGAAUUCUUCUGAAUGUGGAUAGGUUUGUGGGUAAAAAAUUUUAAGAAAAUUUACUCUAAACUUAAUCAGAUUUGAAUUGGUUAUUUUCUUUUCUUCUUUUUCAUUUUUAAAAUCAUUAUAAUUAUGUAAAUACCAUAAGACAUUUUCUAUUUCGGUAUGCCUAUCUUCUGUGCGAUUUUUCAAUGUAAUAUAUAAUUCUUCAGAUAGUGAUGUGUGCUGUUUUUUCAGUGACUGCAACAUGAAAUUUAUUGUUGCAUUAGCUGUUAAUAAAUUGGAAUAUCUCCGACAUAAUGCAUCAAUAGUCAGUUUUAUUGGAAGUAGAGCUGAUAUAGUUCUGGAUAUUAAGUCGAAUUCACUAUCUGAAAAAUUAAUUUUCAGGUUUAAGUCGAUUAUUGGAUAUUUGGAUUGGAUUUCUCAGUUUCAAAAAUCGUCCCAUCAUUAGGAGUAAAAUGUUCCAACGUGUUUUAGAAUCUAAUAUUAACAUAUAUUCUGUUUUAUUUUCAGUUAGUAUAUAUUUUAGUAAUAUAUCCUUUUUAUAGGGGAACGUUUAAAUAUCUCAACAAUUUUUCGAACUUUAUAAAUUAUAGGAAGCAUUUCUUGAUUGGUUAAUAUUUCAUCCUCAUUAGCAAUAUCUUCUUCAACAAUUACAUUGUCAUUAUCUUCAUUGUCAAUAUCACUCUUACUCUUUUCAAAGUUGGAAUCCGAAAUUUCUAUAUCCACAGUAUUUGGAUUCUUCUGUUCUUUAUUUUUUUGAUAUAAUACAUCUAUUACUCCUAAACUUUUUUCAUAAUUGUUGCCCCAUCAGUAGUUAUGGUUACAAUAUUUUCUUUCAGGGAUAAUUAAUGUUUCACUAAUUUAGAUUUAAGCAAUUGAUUAGCUAAUUAAUUUUGCCCGUUAGGGAGACAUAAAAACAAAAACGUAUACUAUUUUGCUAUGUUUCGCGAUACCUGAACAUAUAGUGGAGACAAUUUUAAAAAUUUCUAGUAAAUACCGAAAAACCGGUAUUUAAACUUGUGAAUACCGGUAUUACGAAAUUGUACAAAUGGCUCGAAAUACCGGUAUUCGGUAUUGCAAUCCCUACACCCAAUAUACAUACGUGAAACUUCUGUAAUUGUGUGAGAUUAGAAUACAUUUCUUUGGCAGGAAUAAUAACAUUCAUCCUGCGAUGCAUCACAGUAGUAUUAAGUUGCUCACAUGCUAGUUUAUUAAAUAGUUUGUUUAUUAUUGUGAGAAAUUACGAGCUUAUUCAGUGUAGAUUAGAGAAUUUUUUUUAAAACAAUGAGCUGCUCAAAAUCCGUAUGUAAUACAAAUUGGAUGGAUAAAUGUAAUUAAUCCUGAUUUUGCUGGAAGAGUUUGAGAAGUCCCGCAAAAUCCAUUUGUUGCAUACUACUCACUUUGUAAGAAAAUAAAAAGCCUAAGUAAUAUGGAAAAACAGACACUUAUUAGUUAUGUCGAAAGAAGAAAACAUGCAAGACUGCAUGCCAGUUCAAAAAAGUCAUAAUUAUUAGAUUUUAUAUCUAAAGGAAUGAAAGUGGUGUAUCAAGUCCAAAAAUAAACCAAUUUCAAACUUUUUAGCACAAUAAUAAUCAUUUAAGCUGAAUUUUUAUGGACUUUAAACCUUUUUGCAUCACAUUUGUUCUCUAAUGCAUUCAAUGAUAUAUCGGAAAUAUUUUCACAUAUGUUCACUAAAAGUGAAAUAGCUAAAAAAUGUAUGUUAGGCCAUACAAAAAUGUCUAUCUUAUUUGUUAGGAAUUAGCUCCAUGAAACUGAUUGCUGAAAAAUCUGCAGAAAUUGAUGCCUAAAUACAUGAAUUGGCAAAAAUGAAUAAAUAAAAAAAGUAAUUUUGCUUUGUAAUAUUUUUUGUUAAGUAAUCAUUAAAUGAUUUGUAUUACGAUUCCAAAAUUGUUUUGUUUUAUUUCAUCCGAGUCCUUAAUUUUAUGUGACUUACAGUUAAAGAGCAUGAGAAGUGAUAUAUUCCCCCUUUUAAUAUAUAAAUUUUGUCUUUUUAAAUUUUAGACAAAGAUUUUUUUUUUGUAAAUUUCAAAAAAAUUUUGAUAUGC